CCAGGUUAUAUUUAUUCUAGCCAAACAAACAAUGAAACUAGAUCUUGAGGCUACAAAGACAAUGCACGAGAAGGAGGCAACGACUACCGCUUGUUAUGAAGAUGCUACUGCAGAUAAAUCAAACUCGGAUGGAUGUGAUCCUUGGAAUCCUCCCUAUCCUCCAUUCGUUCCUCCUGUUGGGACGGACCCCAGUACCAAUAUCACUUUAUCCUUUAAGUGGACAGAUGAGAAAGAUGCUGAACUUGGUGCCCACAGAGCAUCCAGUAUAAUAAUUCCAGACCGCACCCCUCAGACGGUGAAUCUUGCCUUCCACGAUACAUUGCACCGUUUGGUGCCCGCCCUAGAUAAGGAUAGCGUCCGAGGGUUCCUCCACUUUAUGCAGUGGUAUGGGCGGGGCACACGAUGGGGUUUCAUCAUCACCCCAGAGACUCUGAACCAGAUGAUUACGCAAAAUGCGGUGCGAUGUGUCAAAGUUGCCUUGGAGGGUCAGGCACCUGAGCUGGGUAGGUGCCGGGCCGGUCCCAACGUCAUGACCCAGUAUGGUUACUUCCCCCUCCACCGAGCCGCUGAAAUGUUCUCCGUUGACAUGAUUGAGUUGCUUAUCCACCACGGUGCAUCGGCCAAUCUGCGAACAGCAGGCGCCGAGGUAAUUGAAGGACUACUCCCACUCCAUGUUGCAGUCGACAACACGUGCAUGCAUAAGUAUCUGGAAGACAGUUUAUCCCCAAACCGUGAGGAUCAGGAUUACAAUGAACAUCGGGAUUGCAGUGAGUCAGAUGCCAACUAUAUCUUCAGGCUCAUCUAUCUUUUGUGCCUACCUGAAAUGAAGAUAUUUUUGGACACCACAAGGCUGAUCGCAAAAUACACAGAUAAUCUACUCAUUGAGAUCUGGAAUUACAUAAAAGAUGGAAAGCUUGCCCAGACAGCCAUUUUGCUCCUGGCUGCUCAAGAACAGAUCCGCAUGGGAACUUCCCGCAAGAAAAAAGGGAGUUGUAAACCGGAUGGGUUUCCUACUAUCUGUGAACGUAUUCUGGACAACAAUAUUACCUUACAGUUGGAAAAAGGCCAAGACGGAAUAGAACAUGAGCAAGUGGAUGCAAAGAUAAAGCUUAAUCAUACGGCAAUGAUGCUUGUUCGUGUCAUUUCAAAAGCUGGUGAAGGCCUUGAUUCAUACAUUCAAAAUCAUCUAGAGGUUCCCUACUUCAUGCAGGUUCCCCACUCGGAGGUCUUUGAACGUGUUUCGUCGAUUCUCAAGGAUAAUGGUUUUUCUCCUACUCCUGAAUGCAUAGACACUGGAAACCUCUUUCCCUAUCAUGAUGUAUUGUCCACUACAGAUAUACCGAGCAAACCUGGGGAAAGAGCUUCAACCAGCGAAUCUUUAGAAAUGGAUUAUCUAAGUACAGUAAAGGAUAAGGCUCGAAGAAAGAGAAAACCUAGACGAUGGGAGCUCAAAUUCGCCAGGAGAAGUUUCUUCCCAUGGUGGAGGUCAGUGUUGUCUGCCCGGUCUCCUGUCAAGGUUGUCCCAACGAGAUGGGUGCGUCCUACUAAAAGCUUGUAUCGUGAGAAAGCUUUGACGAUACCUAUUUCAGACGUGAAUAGUGAGAUAGUUUCGAAGAAAGCAACCGCCCAUGGAUCUUCUGCACCUCUUGUGAUGGGCAGAGUUCCUCAAGUGGGAUCUCAUCAUCAGCCCAGAAUGAUGUUCGGUACAACAGUUAGUUAUCAACCCAGAAGGUUGAUUGGUACGAUGGCAUUAGCACUCCUGAGAGUGCUGAAGAACACUUGAGUAUAAAGGUAUGCCAUGGGUGCCGGUUUUCUAGUUUGAGUAUUUGAACAAAUAUAUGCUCUGAUGCACCUAAGAACUGAACAAAUGGACAAGCUUGUACAUUUUAUUCCUUCAGUUAUAUAUAUAUAUAGCAAAAAUACGCGUAUCUACGUAUGGUGCCCGGGCACCGUGGAGCACCAGUUAAUUUACCUAUAUAUAUAUAUAUAACUUUGAGAUUGGUACUUCUUUUCUCUUACUAGUUUCAAGUGAAACUCAUAGAAAAGGAGUGAAAUGGUUUUCUCUCUCCUAGGUCCUCAUGCGUGGACCCGAUGUGUGCAGGAAAUUUGAAUUUAGUUGCUGUUUUGGUGUGCAUUGAGAGAGCAAGAUUCGGUUUGCAUUUGAAAUAUAUACCUAUAUGUAUCGCUGUGUGCAGAGCGUUGGGCCAGGCUUUGCAGUCAAUUCAAAUUACAGAGUACAGGUCCGUCGUUUUCUCGGAUGUCCGACUUGAAUCGGCCCGGUACUGAAGUGGACAUCUAGGUCGCUGUAUCCAGGUACCGAAAGCCUCUAUCAAUCGAAAAAAAAAGUACCGGAAAGCUAGAUGUCUCCGUCCUCUUCCAAGACAUACCUGCCUCUCCGACGGCCGGCGCCGCCGCGCCGGUGUGGUAGCCAUGGGAGACCAAGCUCGAGUCGAUGGGCACGGGUCAUGCGAUGGCGCGCCGUUAGGCGUGACCGAGAGUUCGACACCGGACCCGUCGUUCUCCGCGUUCUAGGGUUCCAGCCUCACUCUCCGACGGGCGGCGCCGUCGUGGUAACCUUGGGAGAUGAAGCUCGGGCUGAUUGGCACGGGGCAUGCGGCGGCACGCCGUUACGCGCGGCCGAAGAUGUCCAUAUGACACCUCAUUUCAUAAACAAUCAUCAAAAACGAGCAAUCUUUGUCACAGCCGGUGCAAAUAAAGGCAUUGUAGGUAGCUUACUGUCACAAGGUGAUGCCAAGAAAGUGUACUACUUUCCUCUGGGACCUGGGAUGCGCCAAAGAGGACGCAACGGCGCGGCUAUCCGUCUGAAGAAAGACGGUACUGACGGUGCAUUGGAGGCGGCACUGAAGCGAGAAGUUGGGAGUGCAGGCCAUUCAGUUUUUGCUCCGUAUGUUGGCUUGCAGUUUGACUCAGAAGUGGAGGCAUAUGAGUUUUAUAACAUAACACAUAUUCCUGGGAGAUCUGGUUCGGCAUAAAAAAGAGGAAGGAAGUAUGAAAAUACCAGUGACUAUAAGUCUCUGCAAGAAUUUUGAUGCUCAUGUGAGGGUCGUAGCCGAUCUGGGGUCUCUGAGACUGUCCGUAAGGAGUGUAAAACCAUGUUUCGCCUCACGAGGAUCUCUGAGAUAGAACUUGAGCAUAACCAUGUGAUGGAUGAUACCACAGGGGAGAAAAUGCACUGGAAAUGCCAUAACAUUGUUGAUCCGUCUUUGAGGCUUCUAAUCGGACAUAUGAGAGGGAACAGUAUACCCUUGAAUUAAGUUUAUGGUGUGAUGUGUGAUAUGCAUGGUGGCUCUGCUACCCUGCCUUUCAGAAAGCGAUCAUUAAAGAGUACCUGUUCAUCAAUAGCUCAUGAGGCUAGCCAAGAUGACAUUAACAAACUGAUGGCGUUGUUUGGAGACUCACAAGCUACAAAUGGUGACUUUUUUGAGUGUUGACAUGGACUCUGACCAGGGCUGACUAUGUAUGCUUUGGGGAUGCGAUCACAUUUUAUACUACCUACAUGAGCAAUCUGUAUGAGAUGCCGGUUGGUAUGUUUGUGGGCGUCAGAUCUUAUUUAGGCUAGGAAUGUCGUGUAGGGCUAAUCUGUUCACGGAUGACUUUGCAUUUGGCGGGCUGCCAUGUACAAGGUUGUAAGAGCGACUAAUGGUUGAAAUGUAUCAUGUUAUCUAAUUUAUAAUGCAGAUUGAAAGGUUGCAUUUUCACUCA